GCUGGCAUUGUCAGGUGUCGGUGUCUUGGCAUCUGGGUGAGUCGACGUGAUUGCAUCCAGUGUCCUUGCAUUCGCUAACAGGUCAAAAUGCAGAUCUUCGUGAAGACCCUAACCGGCAAGACCAUCCCCCUGGAGGUGGAGCCCAGUGACACCAUCGAAAAUGUGAAGGCCAAGAUCCAAGAUAAAGAGGGCAUCCCCCCUGACCAGCAGAGGCUCAUUUUUGCAGGCAAGCAGCUGGAAGAUGGCCGCACUCUUUCUGAUUAUAACAUCCAGAAAGAGUCGACCCUGCACCUGGUUCUGCACCUGAGGGGUGGCAUGCAGAUCUUCGUGAGGACCCUAACCGGCAAGACCAUCACCCUGGAGGUGGAGCCCAGUGACACCAUUGAAAAUGUGAAGGCGAAUAUCCAAUAUAAAGAGGGCAUCCCCCCUGACCGGCAGAGGCUUAUCUUUGCCAGCAAGCAGAUGGAAGAUGGCCGCACUCUUUCUGAUUACAAUAUCCAGAAAGAGUCAACUCUCCACCUGGUUCUCCACCUGAGAGGUGGCUGUUAAUUCUUCAGUCUUGAAUUCAUAGUGCCCAAUGAUGGCAUUGCUCUGCACUAUAGCCAUUUGCCCCAAUUUAAGUUUAGAAAUUACCAGUUUCAGUAAUAGCUGAAUCACUGGUUUUCUCAAUAGCUGUUCAAAAUGUUAAUGAAAGUUUCAUUGCAUGGUAGCAUUAAAAAAAAAAAAAAGUCUUAGAAGAAAACACAGAGGUAAAUCUU